AUGUUACAUGACUGCGUUACACGUAGGGAUGUCAAUCCUGGCAGUCCCGUUGCUGUCAUUAAGCCAGGAUCCUGGGUAGUUAAAGGAGGAUCUCCUCCUUCAAAUAACCAGAUUCAGUGGAGCAGCCAGCAAGAAGUUGCAAGUCCAGACAACUUGCAAGCAGGCUGGCAGGCAGAUGAGUGGCUGCUGCCAGUGGGAUUGAAAAUGCUGGCAUUCAACCGUUUCAAAAUACCUCCACUGCUUUUGCUAAAAGCAAACAGAGAGGAAAUACCUAGGCAGAGCAAAUGCAAAGGCAUCCACCCCACCAAAUCAAAAGUGGAAGCAAUCCAUGAAGCUCCAAGCCCAAAAAACAAAACGGAGCUUCAGGCUUUCCUUGGGUUGCUCAACUUCUACGCCAUUUUCUUAAAACAGAAAGCCACAGUUGCUGAGCCACUCCACCGCCUGCUGGGGAAAUCGGCUUCCUGGAAGUGGGGCCAGGAAGAGGAAGCAGCAUUCCGGGCCAUCAAAGGACUAUUGACGUCCAAGAGCGUCCUCAUCCAAUACAGCAAGACGCUCCCCAUCAAGCUGACCUGUGAUGCGUCGCCUUACGGGGUGGGGGCAGUUCUCAGCCACGAACUGCCCAACGGCUCGGAAGCCCCGAUCGCUUACUUCUCGAAGACCAUGUCCGGCGCAGAACGGAACUACAGCCAGCUGGACAAAGAAGCCCUGGCCAUCGUGGCAGGAGUGAAGCGCUUCCACGAAUACCUCUACGGAAGACGCUUCACCGUAGUCACUGACCACAAGCCACUCCUGGGACCGAGAUGGGCCAUCUUCCUAGCCGGCUACUCCUAUAGGCUCGUGCACCAGCCAGGCACAGCCAUAGGAAAUGCCGACGCACUCAGCAGAUGCCCAUCGAAGAAUCCAGUCGAAGACCCAGCCCCCACGCUCCACCUAUUCCACAUAGACGAUGACGCCAGCUGUCCAGUCUCAUCCGCAGAUGUGGCCGUUCACACCCAAAAGGACCCCACACUCCGCCAAGUGAAGUCCUGGAUCCUCAGAGGGUGGCCAUCGGAAAAGACAGAGGAGAGGUUCAGCCCGUUCGCCAGGAAACAGAAGGAGCUGUCCACCAUUAAGGGCUGUCUGCUAUGGGGAGACAGGGUGCUGAUUCCAAGCACUCUGCAACGGCGAACAUUAGAGACUCUGCACAAAGGGCAUCCGGGCAUCGUCCGCAUGAAGGCCCUGGCACGGAGUUAUGUCUGGUGGCCCUCCAUGGACAGAGACAUUGAGCAAUGGGUCUCCAGAUGUGACCCGUGCCAAGAAGUUCGCCCAGCGCCGCCGCAAUCCGAAGUCGCAAAGUGGGAGACCCCCAGCAACCCCUGGUCGAGGAUCCACAUCGACUUCGCGGGUCCGAUGCAGGGGCGACACCUCCUCAUCGUGGUAGAUGCCUUCUCCAAGUGGCUCGAGGUGGUACCCAUGGCAUCUACCACAACAGAAGCGACGAUCCGAGCCCUGCGCCGUCUGUUCGCCACACAUGGAUUACCGGACGUGCUGGUCUCGGACAACGGCCCCCAGCUCACAUCCCUGGCCAUGGAGUCCUUCCUGGCAGGACAGGGCAUCCGCCACGCCCUGUCCGCCCCGUACAGGCCGGCCGGAAACAGACAAGCUGAACGCAUGGUCAGACUCACCAAAGAAGCCCUCACCAAGAUGGGCCCAGGAGACUGGCAAGAACGCAUAGAUAACUUCCUCCUCACCCAGCACAUCACGCCGCAUGCCACCACCCACAAGAGCCCGGCCGAACUAAUAAUGGGCAGAAGGUUGAGGUCACCCUUGGACCGGCUG